AUGGCGCUCCCUCGCGGCUUCUUCACUGCGGCAACGCUCGCCCUCGUCGCCCUCCUCGCGGCGUCCCUCCUCCCCGCCGCUCAGGCGCGCAAGGACGUGCUCAGCUCCGCGGACGACGCUUCCGCCGCACUCCCCGCGUCCGCCUCCGCGGAUGCCGCCGUCUCUACUUCCGCCAGCGCUGCUGCGGGCGGCGCAAGCGGCGCUGAGGCGAUCGCUGAUAUGAUCCAGCGCCAGGGCCCGCGGAUUCUUCACUAUGAGUCUUAUAACGCGGAUGAGCCUCUCCCGGAGCACCUGAAGGAUAUGGAGGUGCACAGGCGCGAGCUUCAGUCUAACCCCCCCCUUACCGAUAAUUGCGGCAGGACGACCCUGAGAAUCGCUCAGAAGUACGUGGGCGUUUGGUACCAGAAGAACUACAUUUUCAAUCUGACAAUGGUGAACAGGUGCAAGUACAGCAUCCUGAGCCCGCUCGUCCUCGCCAACUGCUUCGACUUCGGCAAUUUGAUGGUUGGUUCGCUCGACAACCCCGCGCGCUACCCUUCGCAGUUCCAAAACGUUCAGGUGUCGUCGCAUCGCAACUGCUUCGUUGCUCACGCUUCAUCAGUUCUUAACGACAUCUCGAAACCCGUGGCGUAG